AUCACCCAACAUCUACAUGUGAAAUCUUCCAAAAAAAAAAAAAUGUGCGGUUCCAACAAGCAGGCAUCCGAACACAUCAAACGACAGCACACCAUUCCAUACUACGCGCAACGGGUUCGUGAUAGCUGCACAACUAGGGUGACCAAAAUACUAUGUGCCAUAUUUUUAUGUCUUAUUUUAGUUGUUGGUGUUGUUUUCUUCAUUUUAUGGCUUAGUUUACGCCCUCAUCGUCCAAGGUUUUAUAUUGUAGACUUUAGUAUUCCUGGUUUGAAUCAACACUCAGAGUUUGAGAAUGCUCAAAUAACAUUAAAUGUCACAGCCAGGAACCCGAACCAACACAUUGGAAUCUAUUACAUCUCCAUGGUGGGUUCAAUUUUUUACGAAGAUUCAAACAUGGGGUCAUCUCCAUUGAUGGACCCGUUUUACCAGGAACCAAAGACAACUACAAUUGUGUACCAUACAUUCAAUGUGGCCACAUUGACGGUAAACAGCCGACGGUGGAAGGAGUUUAUGGAUAACAGGCAACAAGGGGCGGUGGUUUUUCGUAUAGAUAUAAUGGCAGCGAUCCGAUUUAAGGUUUCUACAUGGGGUAGUCAACACCAUAAGAUGCACGCCAAUUGUGAUGUUGCAGUUGGUCAAGAUGGAUCGAUCUUGCCAGCUUGGAAGAACAAAAAAUGUCCAGUUUAUUUCACUUGAUUCUUGCACACAUACAUAUAUUUAUGUCUUUCUUGUUUUCUUUUUAUUUUGAUUUAUUGAAAGGGAAAGUGUAGUUCCUUUGUUGUAUAAUCAUAUUCUUAUUUGAUUUGAUUAAAUUUCAUUGUAACAUUAUUAGUUAUGCUUUA